AGAUGCUUCAAUAUGACAAGAUGGCUACCACUGAGGGGUAUGCUGACCAUUGUUGUUUACAUGAACUCAUUAACAUAUAUUCUGUGAAAUUUAAUACAAAAAUGUCUGAAUGGAAAUUGUAUUUCAUAAUCUAUCAACAGACGCACCAAUUUUGGAGCAAAAUGCCGAAUACUAGCCAGGACAUGUUUCCGCCUCGUGAUCGCACAUGACUUUGUUUUGGAAUUUGCACUGCAGUAGCCUAAUGCUUUCCGCGCAACGAAGAAGCUGAUGGUGUUUGGUCACAUAACAUGUUGAACAGAGUCAGUAGAUGGAGUGACGACAACAAAAGUAGUCUAGACGCAGCCAGAGAAGCUGCAGCGAAAGUAAAUACUAUGCUCAUUGCUAAAGGCAAACUCAAACCUUCACAGUUAUCUCAACAGCACGGCAACAAGCAAAUGAAGGUCGGAGCUAUAAACAACCUAGUAGUGGCAGAGGUAGAAAUCAACGAUGUGCCUAUCGGAUGUCGAAACAUGCUCACUCGAGGAUCAACACAGGAGGAGAUUUCAAAGUUUAGCGGUGCAGCAGUGUCCACCAGAGGGCGAUACCUGAAUCCAGAGGACAGAGCUAGAAAUAUGGGGGACCGUCCAUUGUACCUUUGUGUCCAGGGUCCACACCAAGAGUCUGUUGACAUGGCUGUUGGGAGAAUAAAUGAGAUAAUUACCAAUGGGAUGAAGACGAAAGGGACACGUUUCUCUCCAGCAAUACGACCACCCCCUCCCAUGCAGCGACCUGCUUUCAACCAGCCACCUCCUUUGAUGUCCAUACCCAGUUUACCAGCUGGGAUGAUGUUUGUUCAAGAGAAACUGUUUAUUGGACUAGAACAUGCACCUCCAAACUUUGAUGUUAAGGGCAAGACCAUGGGACCAGGGGCAUCUUACCUCCAACACAUACAAGCUGAGACAGGAGCACGUGUGACACUGCGAGGCAAAGGAUCUGGGUUCCUGGAACCUCUAUCAGGCCGUGAAGCCUUUGAACCAAUGCAGAUUCAUAUCCAGCACCAAAAUGUAGUUGGACUCCAGCAAGCCAAGCAAUUAGCAGAGAAUCUCAUCCAAACGGUACAACAAGAUUAUGCCCAGUUUCAGCAGGCGUUGGUUGCCAUGCCGCAAACCAUGGGCCCGGGACCGGCCACCAUUCUCACCGGCAUUCCACAUCAGUCAGCACCUCCAGGUAUGAUGGGUCAACAGCCAGGAAUGGCCACUUUGACAUCUGUGGCACAGCCGCCGAUGCAGAACCACCCAGGUCUCCAACCUGUCACCUCAUUCCCUGGGCUGGUCAACCAAGUAGCAUCAUCCAUGGUGAUGCCCUCUAGUUCUGCACUUGCCACACCAACUACUGUGUACACUGCUGCACCAGGCCCUGCCCCAGGAUUCCUGGUGCCCACUAGUCUAGGCGGAACAUCUAUGACCAAUGUUCCUAUUGCUACCUCUGUAUACACAGACUCCUUCUUGUCCGUGGGGACAUCAGUUACGGGGGCCCACCCCCCUCCCCACCAGGUCCUGGUCCAGACUACAGGCCCUCCACCGCCACACCAGAUAACCACUCUGGCCCCCUUAGGUCCACCACAGAUGGAGGCACCUGUACCUACGACAGCCCUGGUCACAACCAUGCAGCCGGAAUUACAGCUGGUAUCACAUUCCCAGCCGGUCCCUAUGUGGGGUGCCCCACCACAGCACCUUCCACCCAGCUCUGUGUAUGCCCAGGUAAAUGGUCAGUCAAGUCCAGCUAUGACCUUCACAACUAAUGCACCAAUGAUAGUGACUACCUCAUCAACUUAUACUUACUCAUCUCUGCCUCGGGAGGAGCCUAAGAGAAGGUUUACUGAGGAGAAACAAGAAGAUAAAGUGCCAGAGAAUUUAUUAGGAUAUGAACAUGGGCCGCCCCAUCUGACCAACUUAGUGGUACAGGGGCCACCGCCCCCCAACACCUCCAUGCCUCAACAUCAGUUGCAGAUCUCUCCUCCUCAGGGUGGGGAUGGCCCACCCAUGGGAAUGCACGGUGUACCUAUGGUAUCCAUGGCACCACCUGGUAUACCUGGUGAGGAAAACAGGAAUAUAAUCGGAGGCGGACAAGUCAAUAGCAAUGGUCUACAACAACAACAGUCACCUCACCCCCCUAGCUCACCCCAUCCCCCAGGGAGUCAGGAGAUACCCGACCAGGACAAGAAACUGAUGCCUCCUCCUCCAUUACCUGGUAUGACCUUAAAGAGACAAGGAGGUGAUAGGCAAGGUGGAAUGGAGAGGAAAAAAUCUAAAGGAGCUCUAGGCAGUGUUUCUGCCUAUGGGUCAGACGAAGAUGACGAUGAUAUCAACUCUUCAAUGAAGCAGCAGCAGAAGGAGGCUCAGAAGUACCAAUACAACCAGUACUCCAAUGCCCCACAAAUCUACCAGCAGACUGCCCCUGUCCUUGUCGGGGAGGCUCACAUACUGCCCCCACCCCCUCAACAACAGGGUCUGCCCCCUGGUAUGGAGCAGCACAUCCUGUCAUCCCAGCAGCAGGGCAUGCCACCCCCACCUCAACAACAGGGUUUGCCUCCCCCACCUCAACAGCAAGGAAUGCCUCCUCCACCUCCUCCCCAGGAACAGUUUCCCCAGGGACAGUACCCUCCACUCCCAGAGUCUCCAAAUGCUCAACAACAACAGGAGAUGAUGCAGAUGAACCAGCUACAGCACCAAAUGCCCUUCUCUAACCAGCCCCCACCCAAUCAGCCCUACCCACAGCAACAGAUGACUGGCAAUCCUGCCCAAGAUCAGGGUCACCCUUACCCCCAACACUCUUCCCCUAGCCCUUCUCCACAGUUUGUCAAUGUCUCCCAGGCUAUCACAGUGACUGGGCCCCCACCCCCUGUGCAGAGGAUGCCUGGGGAGCAAAUCAUGCCUAUGCCAGGUCAGCGUCUGCCCACGCCAGAGGAGAUGCCUCCUCCGCAUCCAGGAAUGGGCCAGAGAAUACCACAAGAACAGCUGCAGCCACCACCACCAAGCUAUGCAAAUAUGCCCCCACCCCCACCCAAUCAGUCUCAGUUUGCCCCCCAGUAUGCCCCCCAAAACCCUCCCCAGUUUGGCCCUGGCCCGGGACAGCAGUUCCAACCCCAGCAACAAUUACCACCUCCACCCCCACCCAACAGUACCAUGCAGCCACAGCCCCCUAUACAGUUCUGGAUGCCUAACUGAUGUAGAAUGUUCUUUAGGAGGGAAGAAGCUGUCUCAUCUGGUGUUGGAAUGAUGCAUAAAGCGGAAAUAUGAAUAUCGUUCCUGUAGAACGCCCAGAGAACAAUCAUUGUCUCGUUCAAUGAUCACAGGAUUCUGUGUGUGAUGCCAAGAGAAUGUUUCUUGUGAAGAAAGAAAACAUGGUUAACUUUGAUUCCUGUCAAGAGUUAUAAUUCCAGAAGAAUGUUUAAUAUCUCGUUGGACAACCAAGGUAGCAUUAGUUUCUGUGAGGGUGUUAUGCCAAAGAGUGUUGGAUGUGGAAUAAUAGUCCCGGUGAACUGGCCUCAAAGAACAAUGCAAGAUGCUGUGUAAUACAAUGAGGUCUGUUGGAUUGUAGGAUGCUCAUAGCCAGAACAUAUUCGUUCCAGAAUGUCAGUGGAGGACUUGUGAUCAAACACCAAAAUUGUUGUUUGCUACAGAAGUGAACAGAGAUGCUGCUUACACUCGAUACAGAAGAAUUGCGCUCGCACAAUGGACAGUUCUUCAAUUUAGACUAUAAAGCACCAAUUCUGCCUGCUCUGUGUUUUAAAGCACCAAUUCUGCCUGCUCUGUGUUUUAAAGCACCAAUUCUGCCUGUUCUAUGUUCUAUGUUUUUACACUGGUGUAGUGAACAAUGCUAUACAUCAUUUCUAGUAAUAUUCAGCUUGUCCUGAAAUAUGCUACACAUACACAGUGUUUUGCUCUGACAAUUCAAUAUAGCACCAAUUUUGCUAUGACUUAUAUGAUACUAGCACUUAUGCAGUGGUCUGACUUUAUUGUGCCAAUUUAGCUUGCUGUGACUGCCAUAGGCCUACAACCAAGAUGAAAAAUAACACUUGUCAGGUGUUCAACAUUACUGAUGUGCUUGACUUUAUAUAUAGCUAGCUACAGUGACAAACAUGCUUCGAGUACCGUAAAAGUGUAGUACUGGUGUUAGUGGAUUAUGUAUCCACAGUUACACAGAUAGUUACACUAUCUGGUCUUCAUAAUUGGUGUUUACACACGUUACUGCUGAUAAGUUUUCUGUUUUAGUAUUUAGUGCGGAGUUGUAGUACUGAGGGAUUAAUCUGCUGAAAUUGGAGAAUAUUAACCCUCCUAUUAUGAUUUACUGUAAAAAAAAAAUAAAAAAAUUCAACCAAAUCAGAAAAGAUGCAUAUGUAUGAAAGACAAUUCUGGUAUUUAAGUACACAGACAUAAGUUUUUUUUUGGAAAUUAUGCCAAAGCCAAGUCUGCCAAAUAUCUAUAAAUACCAGUUUGAUCAUCUAAUACUUUAUUAAUUAAGUGUAUUCUUUAAAGACUGCUUUCUUCCUUAAUUGGUAACAACUACAAAGCAGUUAGAGGCUGUCGGUGUGUUCAGUAUAAAUAUAGGUAUCACAAUAAGAGGUUUGGGAUUGUCUGUUUGUUAUAAGAGUUCUAUCAAGCUGAUCUAGCAGAUAUUGGACAUUUUAAUGUAUGACAUUGAAAGUUGACAUGAUAAUGUCAAAAUUACAUGCAUUAACUUCCAUGAUAUCCCCUUUUAUAGUGUUAAGUUUUUAUUUGUUUUACUUUUUGACAUUUAAACUUCACCAAUUUCCAUAUAUAUUGACGUGUAUAUAUAAAGUUGAUAAAAUACUAACUAGAGCUUACAGUUUAUUUAAUGUGGUUUACUUGUUAGAAAAUUUAACUGCACUUUUGAUUAGUUGUUCUUCCAGAUGUUCAAAUUAAAUUUGUUAUAACUUUUCUGGUGAUAACAUUUUGGAGGUUUAAACUGAAUUAAAGCAACAUAAUCUGUAAAGGGUCUGAAAACCAGGUCCAAGAAUCCAUUUUCCUUGUCCAGCUUCACAGUGGCAUCUAUAUAUAACUUAAGGUCCGAGGCAAGCAGAUACUAACAAAACCCAGGACAUUGGAUUCCACAUAUAUAUAUAUAUAUACUGGCAAACAGUUUAGAGCUCAACUAAUGUAAAAAAUAAUCUUUUACUGAACUUUAAUAAAUUAAAAUGAUUAAAUUUACUUCCAUAUUUUUGUGCACGUUUCAUCAUGAAUUCUAUUAGAAUUCUAUUUGAAAUAACAUAAAUUUUACCUGUGUUUUAUUGUACUAACAAUAUCUUAUGGAAAAUUGAGGUUUGAAAAGGAAGGAUUUUUAAAUCUAAAGUAACUGUUUAAGUUUGAUGAUGCUUUGAAUUUGAUAAAGUAAGGAUUUAUAUUCAAUGAGAAAUCUACUUAGGAAGAAGUACUCACAAUUAGUAAGUGCAAUAUCUCGCAGAUCAUGUGAUUUGCAAAAUAAAUUUCAAGGUGAGGGCUCCGAUAUUACCAAAGUUUAACAUUAUGGUACAUGUGCACGUGUGUAGAAGUAAGUGUAUAACUUAUAGUCAUCUGUAAACUGUGAACAUGCUUCUAUUGGCGCUUAUCUAACCAAUUCAACAAAUUAAAAACUUGAAAACCACCUAACUAAAAUCAGUAGUUCCUCUUGUUAUGGAACCACCUAACUAAAAUCAGUAUUUCCUCUCGUUAUGGAUAGUGUAUACAUAAAAACCAUGUUGUAUCUGUAGCUUGGAAAUUAUUUCCAUUUCACAGAAUUAUUUGAGUGCUGAUACAAGUAUAUUUACAGUAAAUUCUACCAGAUCUACAAGUUAUUUCAACUGUUGCAUAUGUGUUGUACUUUGUACCUUUAUGACAGAAUCCCAAUGUGUGUGUUGUAAUAGAUGUGAUUUGUAACUGUUAUCAAGAGCUGUAUGUACAGCAUACCUAUUUUUUUAUUCGAACACAAAUUAUAUACUCCAGAGAACAAGUUCUAUAUGGAGAAAUUGAGGAGCUAUAUUAUAAGUAUGAGAUGGGAUGAUUUAGAUAAAAUUGGAUGAUGUAUAUAUGGAAAGUUAAGCAGUAAAAGUAUAUAUGAGAAUAAUUGAAGUGUGUAUGUAAGUAUAGAAUGGGAUGAGGUAUAUAUAGAGAGAAUUAUGCAACAAGAGUGCAGAGCUAUAUGAGAAUCAUGCAGAAGUUAUGGAUGAAUUUUUUUCAUGAAAUGACUAAGAAAAA